AUGGACAAGAUGUUCAACACAGAUGACUACCCAGCAGUUGAAGAGAUUAUCAGUGCAGCUAUACCAAAGGAAGGUGCCCGCUUCAAAACAAGAGACGAUGCAUUCUAUAGAUACGCUCUUUAUGCAAGAAAGGAAGGAUUUGCAGUGAAGAAGUUCAGCAGCAAGAGAUCAGGAAAAAACGGAGAAAUUUACAUGCAAACAUUCACAUGUAAUAAGGAAGGAUGCACAAACACAGAUGCCAAAACAUCGUCGCAGAGGAGAACAAAUAUACUACUGAAGACUGGCUAUAAAGCACACAUAAUUGUAAGACAAUUUGAUGGAUACUGGUGCAUCAAGAAGGUUCACUUAGAACACAACCAUCCGCUGGAACCAACAGACUAUCUCAUUAGGUUUGCACAUUGUCACAAAAGGAUGACUGAUCUCGACAGGAGAUUAAUUCAUCUACUACAGAUGGGACGUCUGCCACCAAGGAAGAUGAUGUUAAUCUUCCGGUCAAUCAGAGGGAAAUUCCGUGGAAUACCCUUCGAUGCUGUCGAUCUAAGCAACAUAAAGAGUCAACAACAACAAAUUGAAAAGGACCAUGACAUUCAGAAGUGCCUGGAAUGCUUCAAGACACUGCAGAAAAUAGUACCUGGCUUCUAUCAUGACAUGGAGAUAGACAGUGAAAAAAGAGUUCGCAACCUGUUUUGGAUGGACGCAAUGUGCGUAAUGAACUACAAGCUGUUCGGUGACUACAUAUCUUUCGACACAACUUUCAGCACAAAUAAGUAUGGCCUACCGUUUGUUCCUAUAGUUGGGGUGAACAAUCACGGAUCCACAGUACUGUUUGCCGUUGCUCUGCUCAAGGAUCAAAAAAUAGAUACAUUCAUAUGGCCGCCGGAAACAUUUGUUCAGGCCAUGGGUGGAAAAGAACCAAAGACAAUAAUAACAGACCAAGACAAAGCAAUGAAGAAAGCAAUACAAACAGUUCUAAAGUCUACAACCCACAGGAACUGCUACUUCCACAUCGUGACCAAGAUGAGUCAGAAAGAGAGCACCUUCUUUGCAAAAAAUCCUGGAAUGUCGGAAAUGCUAAUGUACGUUGCAAAGAACGCAUUCACACCAGCUGAGUUUGAAAUGGGAUGGAAUAAAGUGAUAAACGAUUACAAUGCUGGCGGAGAAAAACACCUAAGCAAGUUAUACAGGAUAAGACACGGGUGGGUACCAGCGUACUUCAUGGAUAAAUUUUACCCAUUCUCAUCAAGCACAGGAAGGAGCGAGAGCACAAAUAACAUGUGGAAAUGCUAUAGCCAGCACACAGACACAAUAACAAUGUUCCUUGAACAGUACGAGGUUAUACAAGACAAGUGCUUAUCCGCCCUGGACAAGAAGAAGCUCAUAUCAACACUGAAAACAGCAAAAACAGUAACAAGACACCCGUUUGAGAAGCAAGCUCUUGAACAAUUCACACAUGAUAUAUUCGAGAAGUUCCAGAUCGAGAUCACAAACAACACGGCAUUCAAGGUAGAAGGAUCACUUGAACCUGAUCGCCACCUGCGGCUGAAAAGAAUAGUGAAAUCCUACGACCACAUGGAAUUCAAAAGGGAGUGUUUUGAUGUCACAUUUGACGAUGAAAAAAAAACUUCAUGUGUUCCUGUAAGAAGAUGCAGAGGGAUGGUAUACAUUGCUGCCAUGUAA